UUGACUUAGUUAGAACCCUUGGCUUCAUCUUGCAAAAAAACCGUGAUUUUCACUGAGCCGAAUUUGAUUUGGAUUCUAUCCGAAGAUUCGGUUAAUACGACCAGGAGUUGUUGAUCCCGCCUGGAAGGAUUUUGAAGGUCGAAGAAACGGUUUUUCAGAGCUUUUCAUCGACAGAGCGUCAGCCGGCAUCUUACCUGUGGUACUUGUUACCUUUUGCCAGUUUAUCUGUGGUCCAGGAGAAUGUAUUAUUUGAGGAAUUACAGGAAGAGGGGUGCGAAGUGUGAGAGAGCAUCUGGAGACACGAAGAGAAAUUCCUCACAAAAUGGAAGCCGGAGUGGCUAUAGAGUUUCCAGCUCAAGGACGAAGAGAGUGUCGGGAAACCAGACUUCGAAUAUAAAAAAGGCCAGAUCAAAUGUCAACAGUCAAGUUGAAAUGAAGUCCCAAAUAUCAAAACAACAAUCCAAAGCUGUCCAAGUAAAUAUUACUAGUGGAUCACAAGUUUAUGAAAGACAAGAAGAUCCUGAAGAAAAUUACAAUAGAUCAGAUGAAAACUUAGAAGUAGAAGAAGCAUGUCCAUUAAACAAUGAUACUCUCAAUGAUGUUUCCAACAUAUGCAGCAAGAAUUCCAUCCAAGACGCAGAAACAGAAAUAGCAAAUGUCUAUCUUUGCUGUAAAUGUGGUGCACAAUUCAAAAGUAAGCUUAUGAUUGUGCACCAUGAGCUCCAUCAUGAUGCCUAUGAAUGCUGCAAAAAAGUUAAAUUCAAAAGUCGAUUUGUAAGCCAAACGAUCAGUUGUCAAUUUUCAGCGACUAAACAAUUUAUUUGUUACUGUGGUCAAACAUUCAAAUCUGAGAUUGGUUUGAAUGCACAUAAAUCUACUCACAAAUGCCCUUCUUCAUGUCAAACAUCUACAAUCGCUUCAUUUUCCAACUCUGAAAAUGGUAAUGAAGGCGUGAGCACUUUGUGUAGUUUAUUUUGCCUUUUAUGUAGCUAUCAACCAAUAUCAGAGUGGGAUUUAAAAUUACAUAUCAGCAAUGACCAUCCAGAUUUAUCACAGUACAUAAACAUUCAAACUAAUAGUGAAUGCGAACAAAAUUCUGUUUUGAAUUUUACAAUUAAUUAUAUUUAAAUAAUGAAAACACUCAUUAAAAGUUUUAAAAAUUAGGGGGACAUAAGUGUAUGAAAUAUGCUAGCCAAAUGGCGGAUGUGUUAAAUCUGAAAUUUGUGGAUGUUUUGAAAACUAAAAUUUACAUCUAUGUUAAUUAUGUAUUUGAACAAUUUUUUAUGCAAUAGUGUUCUGUAAAUUUUAACUGUUUAGUAAGCAGUUAACUAAUUUAAAAACAUUUUAAAUCACAUCGCCUUUUUU